UAAGAUCCUAAAAGUACGAGAACAGAUGCAUGGAUUAAGUGAAGCUGAACUUUAUAAUAAAAUGUGAAUGUGAUUGCACAAAUUAUAAUCAUUGAGGGUUGAGAAAAAUGGGUGUUGAAUCACUUCAAAUGUUAACCACUUCGGAUUAUGCAUCCAUAAUCUCUAUGAACCUAUUUGUGGCAUUGCUAUGUGCUUGUAUAGUAAUUGGUCAUCUUCUUGAAGAGAAUCGAUGGGUGAAUGAGUCUAUCACUGCCCUUUUGUUAGGUCUAUGCACCGGUGUGGUUAUUUUGUGGAUAAGUGGUGGUAAAAGCUCGCAUCUACUAGUUUUUAGUGAAGAUCUUUUUUUUAUAUAUCUUCUACCUCCCAUCAUCUUUAAUGCCGGGUUUCAGGUUAAAAAGAAGCGGUUUUUUGUUAACUUCAUAACUAUCAUGUCGUUUGGUGCUGUUGGUACAUUAAUAAGUUGUAGCAUCAUAACUUUUGGUGUAUCACAAAUUUUUAAGAGAAUGGGUAUUGGUACGCUUGAUCUAGGGGAGGCUGUAGCAAUUGGUGCAAUAUUUGCUGCAACAGAUUCUGUGUGCACGUUGCAGGUGCUAAACCAGGAUGAGACACCUUUACUAUACAGUCUUGUAUUUGGCGAAGGUGUUGUGAAUGAUGCUACUUCAGUAGUGCUUUUCAAUGCAAUCAAAAGUUUUGAUCUUGAACAACUUGACCAUGGAAUUGCUUUGCAAUUUUUUGGCAACUUCUUGUAUCUGUUUAUAGCAAGCACCAUGCUUGGAGUUUUGGGUGGUCUACUUAGUGCUUACAUUAUCAAAAAGCUUUAUAUUGGAAGGCACUCAACUGAUCGUGAGGUUGCUCUCAUGAUGCUAAUGGCAUACCUUACCUACAUUCUGGCUGAAUUAUGGUAUCUGAGUGGCAUUCUUACUGUAUUCUUUUGUGGGAUUGUAAUGUCUCAUUAUACAUGGCAUAAUGUGACUGAGAGCUCAAGAAUCACUACUAAACAUGCUUUUGCAACCUUGUCAUUUGUCGCCGAGACAUUUCUAUUCCUUUAUGUUGGUAUGGAUGCAUUGGACAUUGAAAAAUGGAGAUUUGUUAGUGAUAGACCUGGAACAUCUGUUAUUGUGAGUUCGGUAUUAUUAGCUCUAGUACUCAUUGGAAGAGCAGCAUUUGUUUUCCCCUUGUCCUUUUUAUCCAACUUGACUAAAAAGUCACAAAAUGAGAAAAUAAGCUUCAGGAAACAGGUGAUCAUCUGGUGGGCUGGUCUUAUGAGAGGUGCUGUUUCAAUGGCACUUGCCUAUAAUGAGUUCACAAUGUCGGGGCAUACUCAACUACAGUUCAAUGCUAUCAUGAUCACCAGUACCAUCACUGUUGUGCUUGUCAGUACAAUGGUGUUUGGAAUGAUGACUAAGCCACUGAUAAGGUUUUUGAUACCUCUUGGUCACCCACCAAAACAGAAAAACAGCUUGGCGAAUCUUGAAGAAUCUUCACCAAAAUCAAUCACUGUGCCAUUCCUUGGAGGCCGCCAAGAUUCAGAAGAAGUUGAUAAUGAUAAUGAUAAUGAUGCCAAUGAUUCUCAUCGUCCAAGCAGCAUUCGUGACUUACUCACAACUCCAACACACACUGUUCAUCGAUUAUGGCGUAAGUUUGAUGAUGCAAUUAUGCGUCCAGUUUUUGGCGGCAGGGGUUUUGUUCCUGUUGUUCCUACCUCCCCAACUGAAAGUGACUGCCAACUGCAAUGGGAUUGAUAACAAAACCGAAAAAGAUGUAAUAUGUAUUGUAAAAUGAAAACUUUUUGAAGA